AUGUUCAAAUUGUUCACUGUCUGCUUCCUGGCUCUCUUCGCUGUCGCUUUCGCUGCUGCUAAGCCUGCCCUGUUGGCUGCCCCAGCUGCCCUUGCCUACACCGCCCCAGUUGCUGCCGCCGCCUAUGCUGCUCCAGUAGCCUACACCGCCGGUUAUGCGCCCUACAUUGCUCCCUAUGCCAGCAGCUAUUCGGCUCAUUCGAUUGCCCACUCUGCCGCCUACCCAGCUGCUUAUGCCGCCGCUCCAGUUGUUGCCGCUGCCGCGCCCGCCGUUGCUGUGCUGCGAAAAUAGAGCCUUUUCCAUAACUGGUGAUGAAAAUAGCAUACAAUAUACAUAUUGUAUAAAAUGUGCUGAAGCUAGCUGUUGCGAACAGGAAUAAAUGAGAUUUGAAGAUUAUGCAAAAAAUAGCCUGAAAGCAUUUGUUUUGUCAUUUAUUAAUUUUCCACGA